AUGACUAUUGCUGCAUAUGCGUAUGAAACAAAUGAAGCAAGAAGAGCACAUGAACUAGUAAACGAAAACUCAACUUUAACCAUUGAAGGCAAUGAUUUAGUCAUUGACGAUGGAAAAACUAAAAAAGUCAUUGAUUUCGAUACUUUUAACACGUAUGACCCAUUCAUUACAAUAAGUAAAGUUCCUAUCAUAAAUGAUGGAACGGUGCAAUAUAUAAAUUCUACAGUAGAUGCCUCAUUAGUGAAAGUAUUAAAUGUUCUCAUUGAAUUGUUAAAGAGCUUUCGAUUUGACGACAACAUUAAAUGCCUAAAGAAUUUAGUCAUGAAUGAGAAACAAAUUCUCGGCGUUGCUGGUAGCAGUAAUGAUGUACACCUUAUGACAUUAGAAUAUUAUAACGAACAUAAAGAUGAACUGAAAGGAGAGAAGGGUGACACCGGACCUCAACGACCACAAGGAAUACAAGGAAUACAAGGACCUCAAGGCGAAAACGGUUUGGAUGGUGAAGAUGGAAAGGAUGGAAAAACUGCUAAAUCAUGGAUAUGGAACCUUAUAAAUACUGGUUUAACAGCUGCUUCAUAUGGAGUUCUUCAAUACCAAAUCGGAAAGAUAUGGGCAGUACUUGGUGA